AUGCCAGGUACACAGUUCCUUGCCGGUGACGGGCAUAUCUGGGAACGCACCUGGGUCGUCUACCCGAGAAAGCUGACCAUCGUCCACCCGAAACGCCUCCACGACUUCAGUAAUACUCGCGAGCUCAUCCUCAUAAUAAGCGAUGCCAUCCGCGCGCACAAGGGAUACUACGAGGCUGGUGUCAUCCACGGUAACGUCUCGGAGGAGAACAUCGUGAUCCUCGAGGGCCCAAACAAGAGAAGUCGGAAGGGUGUAUUGGUCGAUCUUGAUCGGGGCCCUGUAUUCCGGAGGCCAGAGCGCCCGGAUCCCCAGGGCGCGAGAAACGUGUAG